UUUCUUGUUCACGUGAAAAACUUUCAAAGAUUUUCUUUUAGGGGUGACGCUGAUUAACUUCUACGGUACGCUCAGAGUUGAACUGACCUGAUGGGGUCAAAAUAGCUAUAGUAUCUCCAGGGGUGACGGAUUCAGAGAUGACCCAAGGGAUGGGCUUAAGCAAGGAAGGGGCUCUGCAAGUUGAUAAAGAACUCUCAGAUGUACGCAGUACUAAUAAAUUAGCUGCAACUGCUGUCGGGUGGUAUCACCUAAGGGAUGUGUUUUGGUCAUUUCUAGACAUGACCGGGAAAGUUGUUUUAGUUACUGGUGCUUCCUCCGGCAUUGGCGAGCAACUAGUCUAUGAGUAUGCAAGGCGUAAAGCUCACUUGGUCAUUGUUGCAAGAAGAAAAAAUCUUCUUGACGAAGUUGCAAAGAAAGCUCGUGGAUUCGGCUCCCCUGAUGUUUUAGUAGUAUGCACGGAUGUUACCAAAGUCGAUGAUUGCGAAGGAUUCGUCAAAGAAACUAUAAACUACUUCGGACGUCUGGAUCAUUUGGUAAAUAAUGCUGGAAUCUCUAGUUUAUGCCCAUUCAAGGAAGUCAAAAACAUUCCCAAUGUUGCACCUAUUAUGGAUGUUAACUUUUGGGGAUCAGCUUAUACUACUCAUUUUGCAAUUCCGCACCUUCAAAAGAGCAAAGGUAGAAUUAUAGCAAUUGCUUCAGUCACCGGAUGGUUGCUUGCACCAAGACUUAGCUUCUAUGCGGCUAGUAAAGCUGCAUUGAUAAGCUUCUACGAAACACUCAGGGUAGAGUUACAACCUGACGGGGUUAAAAUAACGAUAGCAUCUCCAGGUGUAAUCGAUUCGGAGAUGUCCCAAGGAAAGAUGUUAAGCAAGGAAGGCGCAAUGAAAGUUGACAAAGAGCUCUCAGAUGGCAUGAAAGAAGCGUUCUUAUUAGGCAUGAUACCUAUUGUUAGUUCGGAGAUAUGUGCACAGACGAUUGUCAAUGGAGCAUGCAGAGGAGAUAGAUCGGUAUCAGAACCAGCUUAUUAUGGAGCUUUUUAUCUGGCAAAAGUGUUUUGCCCAGAGAUAGUUCAUUGGAUUUUUACUUGGAUGAACUCUAUCAAACCUGCCAUUAAAGAACCACUCUAACCAUGGGCCAUGUACAACAGGCUGAUGUACCUGCAAGUAGCUAGUUCAGUGUCAUGACUCGUGACAGCUGAACUAACUCUGAACUUUCUUGGUGAAAACAAGUUAAAAAUCAUACACAUGGUUGGUUGGUUGGUGUCUUUGUAGUUGAAAAUAUUUAAGACUUGUCUAUUUUAUUUUUAAUAAAAGACCAGCACUUGGCUAAAUUCUUCAGAGAUCUGGGAGAUGACCAUGCCCAAUUGCUGGGAGUUUGCAUGGACCAUAUACCCUAUGAUCCUUGAGACUUAUUAUAUAAUUGAUGAGAAACUUAUCUUCCACACAUUUUACAUGUUUGAUGAUAUUUGAUCU